AGUCGUGGUCGACCCGUUGUUGCUCCCGAUUCUUAUAACUGCCGUUCGAACGUGCUCCCGGUGGUGUAACCAACGUGGACUGGACGAUUUGGAAACUCUUGUUCUCGAUCGGUGUGCAUUUUAAUUAAUAAACUUGUGGUCGUUUAGAAUAAGUAGUAGUGUGUGUGCCAUAAUUCGUGUUUUUUUUUUUUGGAUAUGACUUAAAGUUAGUUUUGGGAGCUGUUUAAUUCGUUUGCGAGUCCUAUGUUUACGCUUCUUGGAAGAAAUGACAUAAUGCAAUUAACGUUAUUAUGGAGGGUCCGGAUACCGUUGCUAUUACUAGCGUGUUAUUUUGCCGUGGUGGGCGGUGGGCGCACCCAUGGCGCCCAAAGCGACGGAAACGUCCUGCACAUUGGCGCCAUUUUCCCUAUCGAUGGGAAGGCGGGGUGGCAGGGGGGACAGGCUUGUAUGCCAGCCGCUCAUUUGGCUAUGGAAGACGUAAAUGCAAGAAAAGAUUUACUGCCCGGAUAUAUUUUAAAGCUACAUAGCAAUGAUAGCGAGUGUGAACCAGGCCUAGCAGCAAGCGUAAUGUACAACCUGCUUUACAACGAACCAACAAAACUAAUGCUACUAGCCGGCUGUAGCACCGUUUGCACCACCGUUGCCGAAGCUGCCAAAAUGUGGAAUCUCGUUGUGUUAUGUUACGGAGCCAGUUCGCCGGCCCUCUCGGACAGAAACAGGUUUCCGACUCUGUUCCGUACUCAUCCGUCAGCCACAGUCCAUAAUCCUACUAGGAUUAAAUUAAUGAAGAAGUUUGGAUGGUCUCGAGUAGCCAUUUUACAACAAGCGGAAGAAGUCUUUAUUUCGACCGUUGAGGAUUUGGAGCAACGUUGUUCAGAGGCUGGAAUUGAAAUAGUGACUAGACAGUCGUUCUUGUCGGAUCCGACAGACGCCGUCCGAAAUCUCCGGAGACAAGAUGCCAGGGUGAUCGUGGGCCUUUUUUAUGUCGUCGAGGCGAGGCGUGUAUUAUGCGAGAUUUACAAGCAAACUUUGUAUGGAAAGUCGUAUACGUGGUUUUUCAUUGGUUGGUACGAGGACAACUGGUGGGAAAUGAACUUGGACAAAGAAAACAUCGAAUGUUCCCCGGAACAGAUGAGGACAGCGUCAGAAGGACAUCUCACCACAGAGGCCUUAAUGUGGAACCAAGACGAAGACGAAAAAACAAUCUCGGGAAUGACCUCAAGAGACUUUAGACAUAAACUGAACGACGCGUUAAGACGUAGCGGAUUCGAUAUUGAUAAAAGUCGUUAUCCCGAGGGAUACCAGGAGGCGCCGCUUGCUUAUGAUGCCGUUUGGUCAGUGGCGCUAGCCUUUAAUAAGACGAUGGACCGCCUCAGCCAAAUUGGAAAAAGCUUAAAAGACUUUAACUAUAAUAAUAAGGAUAUAGCGGAUAAUAUUUAUUCGGCAAUGAAUUCUACUCAAUUUUUAGGAGUUUCGGGAAUAGUGGCGUUCAGCUCUCAAGGCGACCGUAUAGCGCUCACGCAAAUAGAACAGGUAAUAAACGGCUCUUACGUUGUGCUUGGAUAUUACGACACACAGGCAGAUAACUUGACGUGGAGGAAUAAGGAGGUGUGGAGGGGUGGAAAGGUGCCCCAGGACCGUACAAUAAUAAGACGCGCCCUAAGAAUGGUCUCGUUGCCUCUCUUCAUUUGCAUGUGCGUCGUUUCGAGCCUGGGAAUCGUAAUCGCCACGGGAUUAAUCAUCUUUAAUAUCUGGAACAAACACAGGAGAGUAAUCCAAUCGUCUCAUCCAGUAUGUAACACGAUAAUGCUCUUCGGCAUAAUUGUAUGUUUAACUUCGGUGUUUCUACUCGGUCUGGACGGCCGAUUUGUGACUCCGGAUACGUUUCCCUGCAUUUGCCAGUCCAGAUCCUGGCUCCUGGCUAUCGGAUUCACCCUCUCGUUCGGUGCGAUGUUUAGCAAAGUCUGGAGGGUUCAUCGGCUAAGUACUAAAGCCAAAACUGACCCCAAAAAUAGGAUGAAAAAAGUACAACCCUGGAAGCUGUACUCGAUGGUAUCUGGAUUGCUUGUAGUGGAUCUAAUUAUUAUGAUUUCUUGGCAAGUGUUAGAUCCCUUACAGCGUCGGAUAGAGCUGUUUCCACUGGAAGAGCCUGAAGAUGAACUGGAUGAUUCGAAAAUACGACCUGAGCUAGAACACUGCGAGAGCAGACAUAAUAACGUGUGGCUCUCUGUCAUAUUUGCUUAUAAAGGAUUAGUUUUGUUGUUCGGAUUGUUUCUUGCCUACGAAACUAGAUCACUUAAAAUAAAGCAAAUAAAUGAUUCACAAUAUGUGGCUCUCACUAUUUAUAAUGUGGUGAUUAUGUGCCUAAUCACUGUUCCAGUUACGAUGGUGAUUUCUAGCCAACAGGAUGCCAGUUAUGCCUUCAUUUCGGUGGCCAUUACUUUUUGUUGUUUCUUGUGUAUGGCCCUAAUAUUUUUACCUAAGGUAAUAGCAGUCUUAAGUAGAGCUAGUGAUAAGGCAGAAAGCAAAUACAAUCACGACGAGCGACCCUCAAAGGAAGACGAAGAACGGUAUCAGAAAUUGUUGGGUGACAAUGAGGAACUACAGCGACUAAUUGCACAAAAAGAAGACAAAAUUCGUCUACUUCGUGAGCGUAUCCAAGAAAAAGAAAAAAACCAGAACAUCAACAGGGUAAAAAUAGUGUCACCGAACACAACGACGAUAAUGCAAGGUAAGGACACGCUGAUCGUGGCUGAUUUCAUUACGGAUGCCGGCACUUCAGACUCUGCUUUGGGCGGAGGAGUUUCCACUUACACGAGGUCUUCGAGAUACAGUCAGUCUGAUAUUGAGUUUAGUGAAAGUUAUUUGUAAACAACCUAAAAAGGUUUUAUUAAGUCUAUAAUUUAAAAUGGAAAAGGUUACUCUUGUGAAAAAUCAGGCUUGGGGUUAGAAAAAUUAU